UAUUUGAUAGAUGGUAACUUCCUGAACAAAAUAUUGGAAGUUUGUAAUGAAUAUUUCUGGUUGAUUGCCAAAUAAUAUAACACAAUGGCCUCAGAUUUUGACGCAGAGAAUAAAUACAGUUGGUAUUUUGGUCCACUGUCAAGAGAAGAGGCUAAUGAUAUUUUAAUGGCGCCUAGUUUAGAUAGUGGUGUAUUUUUAAUACGUGAUAGUAGAACUAUGAGAGGAGAUUGUGUUUUAUGUGUCAGAGAGGAUGCUAAAGUUAGUCAUUAUAUUAUAAAUAAAGUACAGAUGGGUCCAUCUGGAUCUUUACCACGGUAUAGGAUAGGUGAUCAAGAAUUUACUGAUAUUCCUAGUUUAUUAAAUUUUUAUAAAAAACAUUACUUAGAUACAACAUCUUUAAUCAAACCAGCACCUAGGGAAAAAAUACGAGCUAAAUAUGAUUUUAAUGGACAGGAUGAGGAUGAUUUACCAUUUUUAAGAGGUGAAAUUUUAGAAGUGAUAUCAAAAGAUGAAGAGAAAUGGUGGACAUGCCGAAAUAGUCAGGGUAAAGUUGGCCAAAUACCUGUACCAUACGUUGAAAAAUCUGCCAUUGAUAAUCGAUCUCAAUUUGGUAAUCGAUACCUAGCCCCACUCUCAACUACUAUGUAUAUGUAUGAUAUAGACUGCUAUAGUUUGAAAUAUUUUCUCUUCAAGGUAAAACUUCCAGCUAAAGCAGUAGUAAUACAAGAUAGAAUACCCAAUGCGUAUGAUAAAACACAGCUUAAAUUAUUGGUGAAUGAAAUUAUUAUGGUUACUAAAAUGAAUGUAAAUGGUCAAUGGGAAGGAAUUUUAAAUGACAAAAAUGGAAUAUUUCCUUUUACACAUGUACGAUUUUUGGAGGAUCAUUGA